AUGAAGACAGCGGAGUCUGACAUCGGGAAGCUCACUGCCUCCAUCGAGGCCGCCGAGGCAAAGAUCAACGAGCUCACGACGUCGAUAGCCGCCGACGACACAGAGAUCGCAACCUUGGAGUCGGACAAGGCCGCCCAGACAUCGAUGCGUGAAACGCAGAACGAGGAGUUCUUGGCGGAGUCCCAGGACUUUGCAGAGUCCGUCGACGCGCUGGAGCGCGCGAUCCAGGUCCUCACCGCGCAGCAGUACUCCCGGCCGCAGGCGGAGAUGAUGCUGCAGAGGCUGGCCAAGUCCCGGCCGGCGCUCCGGCCCGCGCUGGCCGCCCUGCUGCAGCAGCGCGCGGGCCAGGAGACGGCGCCCCGGCCGUGGCCGCCUACGAGUUCCAGUCGAGCGGGGUCAUCGAUUUGCUGGAGGGGCUGCUGA